GACGAAAUUGACGCUGCAACGAACAUCUGUCCUCGCCGUUCUCCAGAAAGAACAGGCCUUGUUCUUUUGGUCUCGUCUUGUGUGGAGAGGAGCCCGCUUUUCCUGCACACCUCUAAGAGAAGGAACAAAACCGUGCGCUGGCCUCCGUUCUUUGCGCGUUUUCAGUGGAGAAAACACCCCGUAGAUGCAAACGCCACGGAUCCAGCUGUGUCUUUUCUCACCUUCAUUCUAUUUCUAGGAAUUUACCACACCUUUUUCCGUGUUUCAGUGACUUUACGAAGCUUCGUGGGUGUUUCACCCCGGGAUCCGACACAGGACACCGCUUGCAACGGAUCCUUCGCGUCUAUCUCUCGCCUGUUGCUUGUCGCUGCUCCCGCUAACUUGGCACGCUUCUCUGUCGGGUGCUGAUGAUAUACUGGGGGAUGAGAAUCGGCAUCAGCUGAAAAGGAUUUUCGUUCGAGUUCUGUGUCUUUUCUCCACUUCGUUUCUUCGCUGCUGGACCACGCAAAGUCCACAUAAGUGCACGUAUUGGACCGGUUGAAAUGCCCGGCUUAACAGUUGGGCAUCUGUACGUGAAAACGCUCUGUGCGCGUGACAACACCGACGAACAUCUGAAGUGUUUGAACGUCUGAUGACUGAUAAUUCUGGAGUGAACGCGCUCCUCUGAGAUCUCUGGAGAAAACUUCCCUUGCGUUUGUCGAUCUAGAUCCAACCUCUGGGGAACGACACACCUCGUUUUUGUUUUUCUUUCUUCGAAAAAUCAGUGUGCCCUCCAUGUGCAGGUGCCUUUGUUUCUCUCCUGCUACCUUCAGCCUCUCCUACAUUGUGUCCCUGUCUUUCUUCUGCCUCGUCCACCAAGAGGUUUCCCUGCGUUUUGUUCUCCAUCCCCGUCCACUCGCUGUCGCCACAAUUGCCUUACAAACACACUUUCCUUUGGGUUUGAAAAGCGCGCCUCGCUCAUUUUCAGUCUAGAUUCACACAACGGCUCCCGACUCCGCGACGUUCCUUCCCAAGCCCAUUUUCUGUCGCCGUCGUUCCCCCGAUAUCACCGCACGCGUCUACCUUCCACAGAACUUCUUUGUGUUCUCACGUCUGAACGCGGAUCUGACUUUUCUUCCAGACGCGACGGAGAAUCCAGUGACAUCUCUAGCUCGACGCAGCCGCUUUUGCUUUCUCACUCGCGACAAUGACUGCUUACGGAAAAGUCGACUACUGGGAUGAGCGAUACAAAAGGGACGUCGAGCCCUUCGACUGGUUCCAGAGAUAUGCAGGAUUGAAGCCGAUUCUCUUAGAGGCUGGCCUCCAGGCCUCCUCGAGAAUCCUUGUUCUUGGCUGCGGAACCUCCCGCGUCAGCGAGGAGAUGUACGCAGACGGCUACCGGAAGAUCGUGAAUGUCGACUACUCGAAUGUGUGCAUCAGCCACAUGCAGCGAAGAUGCGCUGACAAGGAAGAAAUGACAUUUCUCCACAUGAACGCGCUGGACAUGAAGCAACUCGACGACGGUGAUUUCGACCUCGUUUUCGACAAAGGCACCAUGGACUGCGUUCUCUGCGGAGACAAUUCCUUCGACAACGUCCAGAAGAUGCUCCGGGAAGUCAGUCGCAUUCUGGCCCCCGGCGGAGUGUACAUCGUGGUCUCUUACGGCCAACCCAACUUUCGGCUGUCGCAUCUGCAGAGGGAAGAAUACGGCUGGUCUGUGACGAUGAAGACGAUUCAAAAGCCAAGCAUCAACGUGCAGGCUCCAAUUGACGAAAAGGACAACGUUCACUACGUGUACAUCUGCAAGAAGGCAGCGAGCGAAGCGGCGCAAGCCCCUGCACAGGUGUCCUCGGAUGCCGCCAAAGGUGCCCCGACGAACUGAACGGGUGUGUGGAGACUGGGGAAAGUGGGCCGCAUAUAAGCCGAAAGCAACACAUAGAGUCGUCUGUGGAAGAGACUGUUCGUCCACGUGGAUUCGCGCGAGGUGGUUUUCGCGGCGGAACGUAGUGUCGAGCAUUUUAAAUUGGGUAGACUUCGACUCUGUUCUGCGCUCCUGAAGCAAAUGUAGUGUUUGAGUGGGGCGGUCCUGCGCCAGGCACACGACAAAAGUCCGUUUAACAGUCUGUUUGCUGCCGUAGUCACAGAUUGCUCUCAAACACGCAGACAUAAUGUGUGAGUGUACACUACAGAAGUGCACACACACACCUAUGUGCAGUUGUAUAGAAUAGGCAUGUACGCAUAGGUGUACACAUCAGAAAAACCUUGCCCGAGGCGGCGCUGUCCAGAAAGACAGACAGGAUGCAGAAAAGGUCAGGCGGUGGUAACAAUUAUCUAGUAUCCUCUCUUGUCUCAAGCGAACUUUUGAUUCGUUUCCUGUUGAGACCCAAACAAGGCGAGUACGGAAAUGUGCGCGUUUCUGAAAGAACGGGAACCGGCGGUCAUCGCGUGCGUCCGGUUUUUUGAGAUUUCGCGAAAUGUGCCAGGCAAACAGAGCUAGCCCGUGAAGCCGUUGUUGGAACUUUAAACUGUCAACUUGCUGUCGAGUGCGCAUUGUGUGAGCAUCGAUACUUCCUAGCUGGAACGGAACGCUAUCGCGUACGGCAUGCCGGGAC